CAUUUGUUUAGGCAGUAGGGAGUUUCUGCUAGGGUCUGGAUUGGAGUUACACAGACCGGACUGGAAUUUGUAUGAGUGGCGUCUGAGGAAAAAACAGGAUUCCCCUUGCCUCAAAGAGUCUACAUGUCUAAUAUUUAGACAUGUUCAGCUUUGUGGAUAUUCGGUUAGCGCUGUUGCUCAGCGCAACAGUGCUUUUGGUCAGAGGUCAGGACGAGGGUGAAGGCCCACUGGGUAGCUGCCGAACAGACGGGCAGCUGUACAACGACAAGGAUGUGUGGAAGCCAGAGCCAUGCCGGAUCUGCGUGUGUGACAACGGAGCACCCCUGUGCGACGAAGUGAUCUGCGAGGAUUCGUCUGACUGCGACGACCCAAUCAUUCCCGACGGAGAGUGCUGCCCUAUCUGCCCCGACGUCGAUGGUGUCCAGGUGCCCAGAGGCAACGACUACGAGGAAUCACUCCCUGGAGAGGCCGGAGACAGGGGUUCCCCUGGUGCCCCCGGUAACGAUGGCAGGCCCGGUGUGGACGGCCCUGCUGGCCCCCCCGGCCCUCCCGGACCCCCUGGCCUUGGCGGAAACCUCUCUCCUCAAAUGAGCUACACUGACCACUCCAAAUCCAGCGGAGGUAGCCCGGCCCCUGGCCCCAUGGGUCCUAUGGGUAGCCGUGGUUCCCCCGGCUCUGCCGGAUCUAGCGGUCCUCAGGGUUUCACUGGACCCGCAGGCGAGCCUGGAGAGCCCGGUGCAUCUGGCCCCAUGGGAUCCCGUGGAACCGCUGGACCCCCUGGCAAGAAUGGAGAUGAUGGUGAGCCCGGCAAGCCUGGUCGCCCAGGUGAGCGUGGACCCGCCGGCCCCCAGGGAUCCCGUGGACACCCCGGAACUCCCGGACUUCCCGGCAUCAAGGGACACAGAGGAUUCAGCGGUCUGGAUGGAGCUAAGGGAGACGCCGGACCCGCUGGGCCCAAGGGAGAGGGCGGAGCCUCUGGCGAGAACGGCAUCCCCGGCGCCAUGGGAGCUCGUGGUCUUCCCGGUGAGAGAGGUCGCCCUGGAUCCGCUGGCCCAUCUGGUGCUCGCGGUAACGAUGGCAACGGCGGACCCUCCGGACCUCCUGGCCCCACCGGAUCUGCUGGCCCACCUGGCUUCCCCGGCGGUGCUGGAAUCAAGGGAGAGUCUGGCCCCCAGGGCGGACGCGGUAACGAGGGACCCCAGGGAGCCCGUGGUGAGGCUGGUAACCCCGGCCCCGCUGGAGCCGCCGGAGUCGCUGGAAACCCCGGUAGCGAUGGUUCACCUGGUGCCAAGGGAAAUGUUGGUCCCAGUGGUAUCGCUGGUGCCCCCGGCUUCCCCGGAGGCCGUGGACCCGCUGGAGCUCAGGGAGGUCUCGGUGCACCCGGACCCAAGGGAAACAAUGGUGAGACCGGAGCCCCCGGACCCAAGGGAGAGCCAGGUGUGAAGGGAGAGACCGGACCCGCCGGAGUGCAGGGACUCGCCGGACCCAACGGCGAGGAGGGAAAGAGAGGAGGCCGUGGUGAGCCAGGCGGCGGCGGACCCCGUGGACCCCCCGGCGAGCGUGGAUCCCCCGGAUCUCGCGGUUUACCCGGAACUGAUGGAGGCGCUGGCGGCAAGGGAGCCCCUGGUGAGCGUGGAUCCAACGGACCCCUGGGACCCCAAGGAGCAACUGGAGAGUCUGGCCGCCCCGGUGAGCCCGGUGUGACCGGAUCCAAGGGAGUGACUGGUAGCCCAGGCAGCCCUGGACCCGACGGCAAAACUGGACCCUCUGGUGCCCCCGGACAAGAUGGUCGCUCUGGCGGAGCCGGACCCGCUGGGUCCAGAGGUCAGCCCGGAGUCAUGGGAUUCCCCGGAACUAAGGGAACCACAGGCGAGUCUGGCAAGCCUGGUGAGCGUGGAGCCGCUGGAAACACCGGCGCUGUUGGUGCCCCCGGCAAAGACGGAGAUGUUGGAGCACCCGGACCCUCUGGCCCAGCUGGAGGUGCAGGAGAGAAGGGAGAGGGCGGCCCCGGCGGAUCCCCUGGCUUCCAGGGACUCCCCGGACUCCAAGGAGCUACUGGUGAGACUGGCAAGCCUGGUGAGCAGGGUGCCCCCGGUGAGGUUGGACCUUUCGGUUCAUCUGGAUCCAGAGGUGAUCGUGGUGUCCCCGGUGAGCGUGGAUCCAACGGCCCCACUGGACAGACUGGCCUCCGUGGUUCCCCCGGGCCCUCAGGCAACGAUGGAGCUAAGGGAGAGACUGGUGCCGGUGGCGCCCCCGGUGGCAACGGAUCCCCAGGAAUGCAGGGAAUGCCCGGUGAGCGCGGUUCCUCAGGCCUGUCCGGAGCCAAGGGAGAGAGAGGAGACGGCGGAGCCAAGGGAGGAGAGGGCGGAGCCGGAAAGGACGGCGGUCGCGGCAUGUCUGGAGCUAUCGGACCCCCAGGACCCCCCGGUGGUCAGGGAGAGAAGGGUGAAGGCGGUGCCGUAGGACCCGCUGGAUCAACCGGAGGACGCGGUUCCCCUGGCGAGCGUGGAGAGUCUGGUCCAUCUGGACCCGCUGGAUUCGCCGGACCCCCUGGUAACAACGGUCAGCCUGGAGCCAAGGGAGAGUCUGGAGAGGCCGGACCCAAGGGAGACGCUGGUGCACCCGGCUCUUCCGGACCCAUCGGUUCUGCCGGACCUCAGGGACCCGCUGGACCCGCAGGACCUAAAGGAACUCGCGGUGGCCUUGGAUCUCCUGGUGCUACUGGCUUCCCCGGAGCCGCUGGAAGAAUGGGACCCCCCGGCCCCUCUGGAGCAUCUGGACUCCCCGGAGCCACCGGGCCAUCAGGAAAGGAAGGGCAGAAGGGAGGUCGCGGUGAGACCGGCCCCGCCGGUCGCCCCGGUGAGGUUGGAGGAGUCGGAACCGUCGGACCCGCCGGAGAGAAGGGAUCCCAAGGCUCUGAUGGCCCCGCUGGUGCCCCAGGAAUUCCCGGACCCCAGGGUAUCGGUGGACAGCGUGGUAUCCUCGGUCUGUCCGGACAACGUGGAGAGCGUGGAUUCCCCGGCAUUCCCGGCCCCGGAGGUGAGCCCGGUAAGCAGGGAUCCUCAGGACCCUUCGGCGAGCGCGGACCCCCCGGCCCCAUGGGACCCCCCGGCGCAUCUGGUGCCAACGGAGAGGCUGGUCGCGAGGGAUCUACCGGACACGAUGGUGCCACCGGUCGCGAUGGACCCGCUGGAGCCAAGGGAGACCGUGGUGAGUCUGGUAACGCCGGACAGCCUGGUGCCCCCGGAGCCCCUGGCGCCCCCGGAGCCUUCGGACCCUCUGGAAAGAACGGAGACCGUGGAGAGGGCGGCCCCGCCGGUCCCUCAGGCCCGUCUGGCCCCGCUGGUGCCCGUGGUGCUGCUGGCGCUGCUGGCGGCCGCGGAGACAAGGGAGAGUCCGGAGAGGCAGGAGACAGAGGACACAAGGGACACAGAGGAUUAAACGGAAUGCAGGGAAUGCCCGGCACCUCCGGAGUCCACGGAGAGCAAGGACCCGCCGGUGUGAACGGACCCGCUGGACCCCGAGGACCCUCUGGAUCCAACGGUGUCCCCGGCAAGGACGGCAUGAACGGACUCCCCGGCCCCAUCGGACCCCCCGGACCCCGCGGUCGCAACGGAGAGAUGGGACCCGCUGGUGCCCCCGGUCUCCCAGGAGCCCCCGGACCCGCCGGAGCCCCUGGCGGCGGAUGGGUCUUCCCAGCCCAGCCCCUGCAGGAGAAGGCUCCCGAUCCCUACCGCGGCGGCGGCGGCCACUACCGCGCCGACGACCCCAACCUGAUGAACGACCGCGACAACGAGGUCGACGCCACCCUCAAGACCCUGACCCAGACCGUCGAGAACAUCCGCGACCCCGAGGGCAGCCAGAAGAGCCCCGCCCGCAUGUGCCGCGACCUGAGGAUGUGCCACCCCGAGUGGAAGAGCGGCAUGUACUGGGUGGACCCCAACCAGGGCUCCGCUCUCGACGCCAUCAAGGUUCACUGCAACAUGGAGACCGGCGCGACCUGCAUCGCCCCCGCCAAGUCCGUGGUGCCCAUGAAGAACUGGUACCUGAGCAAGAACAUCAAGGAGAAGAAGCCCGUGUGGUUCAGCGAGUCCAUGACUGGUGGAUUCCAGUUCCAGUAUGGCUCCGAGGGCUCUGACCAGGAGGAUGUCAACAUCCAGAUGACCUUCAUGCGCCUGAUGUCCAACCAGGCCAGCCAGAACGUCACCUACCACUGCAAGAACAGCGUGGCCUACAUGGACGACAACACCGGCAACCUGAAGAAGGCACUGCUGCUGCAGGGCUCCAACGACGUGGAGAUCAGAGCCGAGGGAAACAGCCGAUUCACAUACACCGUCAGCGAGGAUGGCUGCACGUCACACACUGGCUCAUGGGGCAAGGCAGUCAUCGACUACAAGACAUCGAAAACCUCCCGCCUGCCAAUCAUUGACAUUGCUCCUAUGGAUGUUGGCGCUGCUGAUCAGGAAUUCGGCGUGGAAGUUGGCCCCGUUUGCUUCUUGUAAAAAAAAAAAUCAAAGAAAUAUGGACAUGAAAUUGUUGUUUUUUUUCUAGCGGUCAUCUCUAAACCUUUUUUUCUAUGCAUUCAAAACUCAUUCGGCUGCCAUUGGUCAAAAAACUACUAGACUGAAGACUUUUUUUUCCAAACACAAGAAGCAUUUUUUUGAUGUAGGGCUGCAUCAACCGAAACCGACUACAAGGACACUUUAAAAGAAUCUUUUCCUCUGGCAACAAGAAAAUAAUAUAUACUUGUGUAAAAUUUCCCCCCGGAGUUUGAAAAACAAACCAAGCAAACAAAAAAGUUCCACAUGAUGAACCACAGGUGACUUUUGCCAAUUUUUUACCACUGCAGAAGGACAUUGAAGACAACAAAUGAUGUGUACCAUUUUCUGGUGUUAAAUAAAUUGUAAAAAGUG